AUGUCUUGGCUCGCGGGGCUCAAAGAAAAUGGUGAGAACGACAACCUCGGGGUUGAUUGGGUUCUGCAGUACGAAUUCGCAGAUAUCGAUCCGGCACAAGCUAUCGCAGAGUUCCGAACUCUGAUUGCCGACCUAAGUGAAGCUGGUCUUCGCGUACAGGUUCGUCACGGUCACGGCUCAGCUUUACUGGUUUGCAUUAGAGUUCCGCGAGACCACUUGGGGAAUCUAGUACAUCAAUCGAGAAUCAAAGACUGGUUAUUCAGCAUCACCCACAUAUUACCAGAUGGCGAUGAGACAGAAAUCGCAGACGCCGACACACCAUCAGAAGAGAUUCGCUCAGUCUACCAUGCUGUCACCUGGCAAAAGAAGCUAGGUGGUGCGGGGAUCACGCCCGGGUUCGGAAAGUGGAAGAAUGUCACUGCCUCUUUUCCGUUACACGACCAGGAAGCCUGUGCGGCGAUGCUGCGACAAUGGAACCGAAAGACCAUGUUGACAACGAAGGACCUGGAUGAUAUUCGAGCGUUGUUUGGUGAAAAAGUCGCAUUCUACUACGCUUUCAUUCACUGUUAUUCAUUAUUCCUCGUGGUGCCCGCCGGACUGGGAAUCGUUGGAUGGUUAUAUUUGGGACCGUAUUCCAUAAUUUAUGGUCUGGUACUUUGCACAUGGUGCAUUGUGUUCGUGGAGUACUGGAAGAUCCGGGAGGCAGAUCUCAGCCAAAGAUGGGACGUGAAGGGCGUCGGGCGACUGAAAGUGAAUCGAAAGCAAUACGUCUGGGAGAAGGAAGUGAAAGACCCAAUCAGCGGGCAAGUCAAGCAGGUCUUCCCAGGAUGGAAGCAAUUCGCACGACAAAUGCUUUUGGUACCAUUCGCUUCUGUGGCCAGCAUUGCACUUGGAGCUUUGAUUGUCGCAUCGUUCGCCUCGGAAGUGUUCAUCUCGGAAGUCUACGAUGGCCCGUUCAAAGGAUAUCUGGAGUUCCUCCCCACCAUUCUCUUCUCGCUAUCCUUACCAGCAAUCACCUCGUUCUUGACGAACAUCGCAACCCGCCUCACCGAUUACGAGAACUACCGCACGCAGGACCAAUGGGACCUUGCGCAGACUCAGAAAACCUUUGUGAUGAACUUCAUUACGUCAUUCCUGCCAACAAUACUUACCGCAUAUGUCUACGUUCCGUUUGGUAAACAGAUCGUGCCACACCUGGACGUCUUACGGAUCAUGGGCUUGAAGUCUGAGCUGUUGAGCGGACAGAAAGAAUUCGAGGUCGACACCAGCCGUUUUCAGCAGGAGGUGAUUUACCUAUCGAUGACAGCCCAGGUAUUGAGUUUUGGCGAAGAGAUCGUCCUCCCUUACGUCAAGCAUGUUCUUUGGCAGAAGUGGCAGAACUACCGGGAUCGCAAAGCCGAAUUUGGCCGCAAGCGCAGUUUUUCUGUGGCCACCGAUUUGUUGUUGGUCGAUCCACCUGAGGAAGCAGAAUUCAUGGCUCGCCUUCGGAGCGAGGCUGGAGCGGAUGAAUAUCACGUCGAAGAAGAUAUCCUGGAGAUGUGUGUACAAUUUGGAUACCUGGCGUUGUUCGGAGUUGCAUGGCCGUUGGUUCCACUUGGGUUCCUACUAAACAACUGGUUGGAGCUGCGUGGUGAUUUCUUCAAGCUCACCUUGGAAUGCCAGCGACCCCCACCCAUCCGCGCUGACUCGAUCGGACCUUGUUUAUUGGGACUGGACUUCCUGGCAUGGCUAGGCACUCUGUCGACAGCCGCCAUUGUCCACGUCUACCGGGGACCGAUGUCCGAGGUGCGUCUGUCAUACCUCCUCCUCACAAUCUUCGUUGCCGAACAGGCUUAUCUUGGAAUGAGGUUUACCGCUAGUGUGGCGCUGGAGAAAAUAUUCUCGGAUACCAUCCGACGAGAAGAAGCUCGCCGGUACGCGGUUCGCUCGAGCUAUUUUGCUGCUAGUCUGGCUCGCAACUCCUCCCCCAGCUCGGGCUCUCAGGGCUCGCCCAAUGGCCGUGUCCGUCAUCGGGUUCGAUUCAACGAGCGGGUCAACGUAUACAGUGCCAAUGAGAAAGCACCAUCGCCCGACGGCACGCCUUCGCCCACUAGAGAGGAGCCCGAAGAUGAUGUACUUCGGGGGUCCGACCGUGAAGCCCAGUUUUGGAGCGCACAAUCGCAGGGCACGGGGGCAGAUGCGGGCGUCAAGCUCAUUCGUGCACUGAGCUCCAAAGCGGAGACCAAAAUGUCGAAAGAGGCAUAG